AUGGCGUGGUACUCCAUCCUUCCCCCAGACUUAAUCUACGUCGAGAGCUGGGCCGCUCGAAUCUUCGUCUUCCUCGGCGUCAUCACCAUCUUCCCCUGGGCGGCGCUGAUCGUCUUCGACGUGCUGUUGUAUAUCUGGCGGAUGGGGGCGUACGAGUUCCCCGUCGUCGGGGGUCGGGCAAGAGGGAUGCAGCGGCCGCGGGCGCCGACCUUGAAUGUGAAUGUCGGCGAGAGGACUGAAGUGCCGAGGCGGGUGUUUAGGCUUGGACCAGCUGUUAAUACCGCGGGCGGCGGGGAGGUGGGUGAGCAGAUGGAGGUGAAGAGGAGGGAGCGAGUGGUAACGGAUACGGAUGGGUGA